AUGGUCCAGGUAAUCCGCGCCAAGCAGAGGGGUUGUUUAACGGAUAAUGAGGGAGAUUUUAUCCUCCUUGUGGAGCUCUACGGCCAAAACAGAAGGAACGCUGCGGCAGUUGUAGUAGACUGCGAGACCAUCGUGGCUCGUCUGGAGACUUUCCAGUUCUCGAAUAUGAAGCGAUUGUUCUCGCAAUUUGCUAAUGUUGUCAUGGUAGAUUCCACCCAUGACACCAACACCAAUCGUUACAAACUGUUUAGCGUCGUCUGGCGCGAC